AGGGAUGUGUAUGGGUGAUAGACGUCCUUUCUCGACGCUGAUUAGAUUUCUUUCUUUUUAGGUUUUUCGGCGGUUUUUGUACAACAAAAAAAUAGGAAAAUAUUAUUGCUAAAAAAGACGAUAUUGUUAACCACAAAUUUUUGUUAUACCGUUAACGCAGCACCGAAAAUAUUAUAAAACAUUUGAAAAGCUCCACUUGGCGUCAUUGCGCAAGUUUGGCAUUUCAGAAGAAAGCAUUUCGUUGGAGAAAGCUGUACACUGUUUAGAUAAUAUUUAGGGUUAGGUUUAUAUAGAACAUGUGUAGAUGAUGACUGUGUGUACAUAUGAUUCACACAACGAGGGUUGAACCAUUUGUAAAAAUUGUUUAAAGUCAGUAAGCUGUAAACGACGACCGGUAUCGGACGCAUUUUUGUUAUGUUUCGGUUCUUCGAUUGAGACACGAAAAAUAUUUUUAAUUUUUCAAAUAUACAAAAUUUUACCGACGAACGCGAAUCAUUUUUUUUUUUGCUAACUGUGUUCGCUAACAAAUAUAUAAGAGAGAAAAAAGAAGGGACAUUGGAUUGGUGUUUAUGAUUGCGGUAAAGUUUUUACCAUGAUAACAGGGUUCAUUUCAAUUAAUUAAACUUUUUCCAUACUUCUUCUUUCACAAUUUAAUUUUAAAUAAUUUUAUUUUUGUUGUUUACACUAAAGUUUCUACGAGUAAACCGAAAUAAAUAAAAUUCCAUGAAAAAUACUUAACAUGUGAUUGGUGCACGACUAGAUGGGACAUUUAUUUUGUUCACAUUUUUGAAAUUUCCGUUAGAAGAAGAAGAAGAAGAAAAAAGAAGCGAAAUAAAAUUUGUAAAAUGUGCUAAUGAAUUUUUAUGAAGGAAAUGAAAGUGAAAUGUGAUAUACAAAAUUUUAAAUGCAAAUAAAUUUGUAAAAAGAAAGCAAAAAAAAAAGAGUGGAAAAGAAAAUGUGUGUUGAGUGUGUUUCAUCGACAACACAACUUUAUCGUCAUUGCGGUUGAUUUAUUAUAGGAGCACGCUCUGGAGGCAACAAAAAAUGCAGCCAUACUUGGCUCUCAACAUAUUAAUUUUGUUGAUUUAUGCAAAAGAAAUAUCAGCUAGCUGGGAGGAGUGGUGGACAUACGACGGAAUUUCUGGUCCAGGUUUUUGGGGUCUAAUCAAUCCACAAUGGAAUAUGUGCAACAAAGGACGGAGACAAUCUCCAAUCAAUGUGGAACCUGACAAAUUACUGUUUGAUCCGUAUUUGAGGCCAUUGCAUAUUGAUAAGCACAAAGUCUCUGGUAUAUUGCACAACACAGGACAGUCGUUGGUAUUUCGUGUAGAUAAGGAUACAAAACAGCAUGUUAACAUUUCCGGUGGGCCUUUAGCCUACAGGUAUCAAUUUGAGGAAAUUUACAUUCAUUAUGGUACGGAAAAUAGCCAAGGAUCAGAACAUCACAUACAAGGAUAUAGUUUUCCGGGUGAGAUACAACUGUAUGGCUUCAACAAAGAACUCUAUCACAACAUGUCUGAGGCGCAGCACAAAUCACAGGGAAUAGUUGGUAUUUCGCUGAUGGUCCAAAUAGGAGAUACACCGAACCCAGAACUUAGGAUAAUUACUAGUACAUUCAACAAAGUGCUAUUUAGAGGCUCUUCAACCCCAAUUAGACACAUUUCCCUGAGAUCACUACUACCGAAUACGGACGCUUUUAUGACUUAUGAAGGAUCGACAACACAUCCGGGAUGUUGGGAGAGUACCGUAUGGAUCAUUCUCAACAAACCAAUAUACAUAACAAAACAGGAGUUAUACGCAUUGAGACGAUUAAUGCAAGGCUCGGAGCAAACACCUAAAGCACCACUUGGAAAUAAUGCACGACCAUUGCAACCCCUGCACCACCGUACCGUUCGAACGAAUAUUGAUUUUCAAAAUGCAAAGAAUCAAAAUUGUCCAUCGAUGUACAAGGAUAUGUAUUAUCGAGCAAACAAAUGGACAGUCGACGCUACAAUGUCUAUGAGAGGUCGAGAACGUGGUCUUCCUGAGAUGGAAGCAAUGUUUAAUCCGAUUCAUAAGAAAUAACAAAAGCGUAAGAAUUAAAUUAAGGAUCCGAAAAAAAACAACAAAAUAAAUUGAAACACUCAAUAAAAACAAAAAUAUAAAAAAGAAAAUAACCCAUCAAGGGUGGACAAUAAAUAAUAUUUCCUAUUAUUAUUAUGAACCAGAACUAAAGAAAAAAAGAAGGAGAAGACGAAGAAUGACGAUGAAAGUAUAAUGAAAAUGGUUUUUUUAAUAAACUUAUACAUCAUGCAAAAUUAUGCAGUUCAAGAAUUUUUGUCAAUUUGUUUUUUUAUAACAUAUAAAAAAGGAAUAAAAUAUUACUUUUAAAAAUAUUUACUAUAAAAUAUACAAUACGUAAAAAUCAAGUAAACUAAAUUGAUCAAAAGAAAAGAACUCACAAAAGAACAUAACGAUAACUUUAAAUGAAAAUGUAUAUUUAAUAAACCAAAAACAUUAAUUAUCCAAUUUGCGAACUAUUAAAGACAUAAAUGGCUUAACAACACGCGUAUAAAAUAAAAUUUAAAAAAAAAUGUUUAGGUCCACCCUGUGUUGCUUUAAUUAUAUUUAAAUAAAAAAAUUAUUAAUGAAAACAUAUGCCAGUGGAUUUUGAGGUUAAAGUAAAAUUUUCAUCAUUUUUUCGAUUUUCUUUUUUUUUUGUUAAUUUAAAGACUAAAAAUAUUAUAAUUUGACUGUCUAAAUCUUUUAAUUCGUUAUCAGUCCUACACUUAAAAAACAUGACGAAGUAGCAUAAUUUUAACAGAUACAACAUAUUCCUAGACCUACAAAUUCUGACAGCUGUGAUAUUGUAUGAAUUUUUUUGAAUUCUUUCACAGUCGAAAUUUUUAUCGCAAACUGGUACAAAAUCCAAAAAAAUCAUUCACCAUCAAUGCUGUCAACAUCUGUGGGUCUAGAAAUAUGUAGUAUCUGUUA